UUGAAACUUGAUAACACACAGUAACGCGUUCUUUGAAUUUAAGCUCAACACACCCUCCAAAUCAAGAAAGCUCUCAUCUUUUUCUUUUUCUUCAACACGCAAAAAUGGCCACCGGGGCGUGGCCCGUAGCCGCCGUAACACUGGUGCUUCUCCUCUGUUCCUCCAUCCCAAAAUCUGAAUCCCAACAAGAGUACGUCAACAACAAACAACUAAAUUGCUCCAAUCACGAUACCAACGCCACAAGUGGCAACCUCUGCAACAGUGUUCCAUCAUGCAUCUCCUACCUCACCUUCAAAUCUUCCCCAGAUUACAACAGCCCUGUCUCCAUAUCUUACCUCCUCAACUCCAACACCACCGUCACUGCCGCCGCAAACAAUAUCACCGACGUCCAAUCCAUCCCCGUCGACACCCUCAUCACCAUCCCCAUCAACUGCUCCUGCUCGGGCCUCUACUAUCAGCACAACGCCUCUUACACCAUCAAAAUACAGGGCGAAACCUACUUCCUCAUCGCCAACAACACAUACCAGUCCCUCACCACGUGUCAGGCUCUCAUGGCCCAAAACACCUACGGCGAACGUGACCUCGUUGCGGGUCUCAACCUCAACGUUCCUCUCAGGUGUGCCUGCCCCACCCAGAAACAGAGCGAAGCAGGGUUCAAGUACUUGCUCACUUACUUGGUCUCUAAAGGAGAAACGGUUUCUUCCAUCGCUGAAAUUUUUGGUGUUGACCAGCAGAGCAUCCUCGAAGCAAACGAGCUUUCUAAUCCCUCUAUUUACUACUUCACACCGAUUUCAGUUCCUUUAAAAACAGAGCCGCCAACGAAUUUACUGAGAGCAGCGGCUCCCCCGAACGACUCCCCGUCACCGCCGCCCCCGGCGGCGGAGGGAGACUCGGACUCUUCCAAGAAAUGGGUCAUUAUCGGAAUCGUGGUUGGGGUUGUUGUGCUGCUUCUUGUCUGCGCUGCUCUGUUUUUCUUCUGUUUCUAUCGGCAGCGACGGGUACAAUCGCCAUCGCCGACUCCGCCAGCUAAGGCUUUCUCGGGCCCCACCCACAAACAGAGUGAAGAAAUGACUCUUCCGACGACGCAGUCGUGGUCUCUUUCUUCGGAAGGGAUUCGCUACGCGAUCGAGUCGUUGAGCGUGUACAAGUUUGACGAGUUGCAGAAGGCUACGGGGUUCUUCAGUGAAGAGAACAAAAUCAAGGGUUCUGUUUAUAGGGCUUCUUUCAAGGGUGAUUAUGCUGCGGUUAAGAUUCUCAAAGGGGAUGUGUCGGGCGAGAUCAACAUUCUCAAGAGGAUUAACCACUUCAAUAUUAUAAGAUUGUCAGGUUUUUGUGUUCACAAAGGUGACACCUAUCUUGUGUACGAGUUUGCCGAGAAUGAUUCUCUCGAAAAUUGGCUGCACAGUGUUAAUAAGAAAUACGAGAAUUCGGUGUCUCUGAGUUGGGUGCAGAGGGUUCAUAUUGCUCAUGACGUUGCUGACGCGCUGAAUUACCUUCAUAACUAUACCAAUCCUCCUCAUGUGCAUAAGAAUUUGAAGAGUGGGAACGUGCUUUUGGAUGGGAAUUUCAGGGCAAAGGUUUCGAAUUUUGGGUUGGCGAGAACGGUGGAGGGUGAAGGGGAUGAAGGGGGAUUUCAAUUGACAAGGCAUGUGGUGGGGACUCAAGGGUACAUGUCACCGGAGUACAUUGAGAAUGGUUUGAUUACUCCAAAGAUGGAUGUUUUCGCGUUUGGGGUUGUGCUUUUGGAGCUUCUUUCAGGGAGAGAGGCUGUUGGUGGGAGUAAGAAUGGUGCUGGGGAGCAGAUGCUGUCGGUGACUGUGAAUCAGGUGCUUGAAGGAGACAACGUUAAAGAGAAACUUCGAGGUUUCAUGGAUCCAAAUCUGAGAGAUGAAUAUCCAUUGGAACUGGCUUAUUCCAUGGCUGAACUUGCCAAACGCUGUGUUGCUCGUGACCUCAAUGCAAGACCACAGAUUUCCGAGGUUUUCAUGACUUUGUCCAAGGUUCAAUCCUCUACGAUGGAUUGGGAUCCCUCUGAUGAGCUUGAACGGUCUAGAUCUGUCAGCCAAAUCUCUGAUAGCAGAUAGAUGAGGAACUUGGUGUUAUGGUAUUGUCAAUAGCUUCAAUGGAAUAAAGAGUUUUUAAAAUUUUGAAUUCUUUGGCCUGUUCUGUAUCACAUGGACUGAUGGCUGCUACAACGAAUUAAAGUCCAUACUUACACAUUCCGACAUAUCAUUCUUUAACAUAUUUGGUGUCUCAAUAAAUGAUGUUGUCUCGUUUGUUAAUGAUGAUAUUGAUAUCAAAUACGACUACUGAAAAUAAUUCAGCUAGGACUAAAAAGCAAGGAUUUCAACUUGUAUGUUUUCUAUUUCUUUUCGUGGAAUAUUGUUUUACUUCAGAGUAACAGAAUGUGAAACGUGAACAUUGGAAUUUUUUUGGUUUA